AUGUCCUUGUCGACCGACUCUGCGAAGACGAGAGAGGACGAGGCCCCAAAACAACAGCACCUCGGAAAUUUCAAUGAGCUGGCCUUCGCUGCUGAUGGCCGGGAUCAGCUCUCCUCAGGUGCCCACCCGGAUGCUGGCGCAUUGUCCACCUCAGCAGCUUUCCCAGACUCCGCUCACCAUGCAAAAGCCACUGUAUCGUCGGAGUACGAGUUGGGAGACCACCCGUUAAGUCAAGACAGACAACCAAGGUCGAGUCUUGGUGCGUUAGAUGCCAGUACAAAUCAGAUGCUGCAGCACGACCAUUUUAGGAAUGACUACUUGGCCUCUCAGUUCAGUACUGGAUUUGUUGAGCCCUCUGCGGCCUUCGAGUAUAACUCGUUUGAUGAACCUUUGAAUUGGAUUCCUCCCAGCAUUUACCCAUCCCCAUACGAUGCAGAGCUCGAACAGGACUUCUCUUUCAUUCUCCCCACACUAUCCACUAACCUGGACGCUGACUACGGUGUGGACUUCUCAAUCAACCCACCUGCACAUACCUAUCAGGUCGGUAAGGAUGCGACGCACGAAGCGCUGGAGACUCAAGGGUUUCCUGCUCCAUUCGUGGCCAUUGAACAAAGCCCUGCGUCUUCAACAAGUGAUGGCGUACACAUGCCCAAGUCAGUUCAUGGAAGCUCCACAAGUUCUGACGUGAAGCGUAAGAAAAGGAAAACGUCUCUCCUACCCGAGAUUUUUAUCCAACCAAGAAGCCAGAGGACCGGUUAUGCGUUUCCAGAUGCAGAGGACUCUUGGAGCUCGAGAUCAGCGAACAGCAUGACUGAAUACUGUUCUAAUGCCACUUAUGAAACGAUCUUGAGUGGUUUUCGAAAUUUCUGUGUGGAGACGACGUCGCCAACACCAUUUCAGACCUCUGCUUUUCCGCCUUUGAAUAUACUCAAUAUUUGCAUUGAUCUUUAUUUCGAGAACUUCAAUAAGAAUCUUCCUUUGCUACACCAAGCUUCGUUUGGACUUCAAUCUGAUUGGAUAGUUGUCCUUGCUGUUGCAGCAAUUGGCAGUUCCUUCGCCAAAUUCUCUGACCUUCUGGAUAUUCGGGAAGCCUUCCAAGAAUUCCUGCGCCGAGCUGUCGACCGCCGCGCAGAUGGAACACCAGACGCUACAUUGGAGCUCCCGCUGGCCCAAGCUCGCAUUUUGAACCUCAUCGGCUUGGUUCAAUCGGACCGCGAGCAGCUGCGAGCCUUGUCGCACCGCUAUCAUGCAGAUCUCUCGCGGUGGUGUCUGGAAUCCGGGGUGUUGCAGCUGUCUGUGAAAGGCGACCUGUCAGACGGUGAAUGGAAUGAGGGUUUCGAGGAUCGCUUGCAAUGUUGGCAAAAAUGGAUCAGGAUUGAGUCUUUGCGGCGUGUGGGCUACAUGACUUGGAUGCUUGAUUGUUGCCUUGGCUACAUGGCCAAUGCACGACCGCUUUGCAAUAUGGACGAUGCAAGAACUCCUCUACCCUGUUCCGAAUCCGCUUGGAACGCCUCCACUCCAGAGCUCUGGUUCGACAGAAUGCAGGAACUGGCGGAGACACCCUCCCUCUGUGGAGCCCUCGAGACGCUCUACAGCAAGAAGCAAGUCAGCUCGGAGUAUAGCGAAUUAUCACAGACCGUGUUGAUACACGCUCUUUAUCAAAGAACCUGGGAGGUCGGCACACACAUCAAACAGCCGCUAAGCGAAUGGGUCCCAACUGGCAAGGCUCGAGGCUUCUUAAACACACCGUCAAAGGACAACUUCUGGCUCCCGCUCUACCCUCUUUACGCCAACUGGCGCAACAGCGCCUGUGAUUGCCUUGACGUGCUUCAUUGGCAGGCGUCGAGUAUUGUUGCAAAGGCCUCAGGUCUCGAACACGGGGUCGUCCUACAUCUCCACCUCGCUCGUAUCGUCCUUCUAACGCCCUUUCAAGAGAUACAAGACUUGUUGUUCUCUCUGAUCGGUAAGGUCGGGAAUUCUCCCAAGGCGUCAUUCUACGUACAUGAUGGCAGCUAUCAACCACGCAACAGCGCUAAGCUGCCUCAGAUCCGCAAGAUAACAUGGCGUUGGCUACGAGAGGACCAGCACAAGGCUCGUCUUGCCAUGGUGCAUGCCGGGUCGGUAUUCUGGUAUGUCCGUCGAUAUUCCGCCAUGAGCUUCUUCGAGCCGAUUGCCGUUUAUCUGGCUAGCCUGGUGCUCUGGACAUAUGGCUCUUACAAGUCGAUUGCCUUGGAACGUGACGCUGCUGCUGCCAGCCAGAAACCCGAAGGCGGCCCGAGUGGACCGGACGCAGGCGCUCCCAUUCAGCCCUCUCGCAUGGAGAGGAAGGAACGUCCCAUCAAAUUCAUCAGCAAGGCCAACGGACGGCCGGUGAAUGCAGUUGGCCCAUCGGUCCCGCAGCAUUCUGCAUCUCCGGAAUCUCCGACUGAUCAACAUUCCUCUGAAAAGAAAUCUGCAUCUGCCGCGCUAGAAGGUACGACGGCUCGCUCGAGGUCGUUCCCUCCGGCAGCACUCAGCUCCGACUCGGAAACAGAGGAUACUUCCUCCUCGGACGAGCAACCCGAGUUCAUUCACUUGGACCGUCCCUGCGACGACGAGAUGGUGCAACACUUUGUGCGCAACGGCCACACCAUGUCCGGCCACAUGACGAAUGUGGGGGACAUCUGCAAGGCCCCACAGAAAGUCCUGCUUGAGGGGGCAAAAUUGCUAAGAACGAGACUCGCGUGUUGGGGCGUUAGUCGAGAGUAUUACGACAUCUUGAUGAAAUUGGCAGAAUUGAGAAAGGCUAGUUGA